CCGAGGGUCUGGACUGCGGGCUGCGGCCGGGACGCUGGCGCAGCGCGGCAUGAGGCGGAGAAAGGAUGGUAUGCACCGUAGACGAGAUCUUACUUGCUCAGCACGGGAGAAUAAAGGGUCAGAGUGGACCCGUUCUUGGGUCUGUUGAAAAUUCCUGUGGGUCUCAGACUGUCAGCUCCCUAGUAGAGCCCUCAGUAGGAUUGGAUGAAUAAUACACGCUGAGUGCCAAACGUGCUAUCGCCUGGCUGGCAGCAGAUGGUCGCACAGAGGAGCCUAGUUCCCCAACCAGGGUGAAAUUGCCCCCCUGCAGAGGAAACAUGAAGUCUUCGCCACUGAACUGCCAGGGGAAUCCUGAUAUAUAUCUAUCUUGUCCAGUUUUGUUUUACUCUUUAAGGUUAAGGUGACGGCGUCAGUCGGAUCCACAGCCCUCCCCCUGCCCCACCUGUCUGGGGCGCCGAGAGUGGGGACAUGGAGGAGAGUAAGAACGAGGCCACGAAUCGGGCCCACGUCCUCUUUGACCGCUUCGUGCAGGCCACCACCUGCAAGGGGACCCUCAAGGCCUUCCAAGAGCUCUGCGACCACCUGGAACUGAAGCCUAAGGACCACCGCUCCUUUUAUCACAAGCUCAAGUCCAAGCUUAACUACUGGAAAGCCAAGGCCCUCUGGGCAAAGCUGGACAAGCGGGGCAGCCACAAAGACUACAAGAAGGGAAAGGUGUGCACGAACACCAAGUGUCUCAUCAUUGGAGCUGGCCCCUGUGGUCUCCGCACAGCCAUUGAUUUGUCCUUGCUGGGAGCUAAGGUGGUCGUCAUUGAGAAGCGAGACGCCUUCUCCCGCAACAACGUCUUGCACCUCUGGCCGUUCACCAUACAUGACCUGCGAGGUCUGGGUGCCAAGAAGUUCUACGGCAAGUUCUGUGCUGGGGCCAUCGACCACAUCAGUAUCCGUCAGCUUCAGCUGAUACUUUUGAAAGUAGCCUUGAUCCUAGGCAUUGAGAUCCACGUCAAUGUGGAAUUCCGAGGACUUGUGGAGCCUCCUGAGGAUCAAGAAAAUGAACGGAUAGGUUGGCGGGCCCUGGUGCAUCCCAAAACGCACCCUGUGUCAGAAUAUGAGUUUGAAGUGAUCAUCGGCGGGGAUGGCCGCAGGAAUACCUUGGAAGGAUUUCGUCGGAAAGAAUUCCGUGGCAAAUUGGCCAUUGCCAUUACAGCGAAUUUUAUUAACCGAAAUACAACAGCAGAAGCCAAAGUGGAAGAAAUCAGUGGUGUGGCUUUUAUAUUCAACCAAAAAUUUUUCCAGGAACUGAGGGAAGCCACAGGGAUCGACCUGGAGAACAUUGUCUACUACAAAGAUGACACACACUACUUCGUUAUGACCGCCAAGAAGCAGAGCUUACUGGACAAAGGGGUGAUACUGCAUGACUACGCCGACACGGAGCUCUUGCUCUCCCGGGAGAAUGUGGACCAGGAGGCCCUGCUGAGCUACGCCCGGGAGGCAGCUGACUUCUCCACCCAGCAGCAGCUGCCGUCGCUGGACUUCGCCAUUAACCACUACGGGCAGCCUGAUGUGGCCAUGUUCGACUUCACGUGCAUGUACGCCUCCGAGAACGCGGCCCUGGUGCGGGAGCACAACGGACACCAGCUGCUGGUGGCUCUGGUGGGGGACAGCCUCCUGGAGCCUUUUUGGCCGAUGGGAACAGGAAUAGCCCGGGGCUUUCUGGCUGCUAUGGACUCGGCGUGGAUGGUGCGCAGCUGGUCUCUGGGGACGAGUCCCUUGGAAGUCCUGGCAGAGAGGGAAAGCAUUUAUAGGUUGCUGCCUCAGACCACCCCUGAGAAUGUGAGCAAGAACUUCAGCCAGUACAGCAUCGACCCUGUCACCAGAUACCCCAACGUGAACGUCAACUUCCUCCGGCCGAGCCAGGUGCGCCAUCUGUAUGAUACUGGAGACACAAAAGAUGUUCAUCUAGAGAUGGAGAACCUUGUGAAUUCCCGAACCACCCCAAAGCUGGCCCGCAACGAGUCUGUGGCUCGAUCCAGCAAGCUGCUGGGUUGGUGCCAGCGGCAGACAGACGGCUAUGCUGGGGUGAACGUGACGGACCUCACCAUGUCGUGGAAGAGCGGCCUGGCCCUGUGUGCCAUCAUACACCGAUACCGCCCUGACCUGAUAGAUUUUGACUCUUUGGAUGAGCAGAAUGUGGAGAAGAAUAACCAGCUGGCCUUCGAUAUUGCUGAGAAAGAGCUGGGCAUUUCUCCCAUCAUGACAGGCAGAGAGAUGGCCUCGGUGGGGGAGCCGGACAAGCUGUCCAUGGUGAUGUACCUGACCCAAUUCUACGAGAUGUUCAAGGACUCGCUCCCCUCCCGAGACGCUUCAGACCUGAACGCGGAGGAGAGGGCUGUCCUAAUAGCCAGCACCAAGUCCCCUAUCUCCUUCCUGAGCAAACUCGGGCAGACCAUUUCUCGGAAGCGCUCCCCCAAGGACAAGAAGGAAAAGGACUUGGAUGGUGCUGGGAAGAGGAGGAAGACCAGCCAGUCAGAGGAGGAGGACACGCCUCGGGGCCACAGAGGAGGGAGGCCCACCCUGGUGAGCACGCUGACCGACCGGAGGAUGGACGUGGCCCUUGGCAACCAGAACAAAGUGAAGUACAUGGCAACCCAGCUGCUAGCCAAGUUUGAGGAGAACGCGCCCCCACAGUCUGUGGGUGUGAGGAGACAGCUGACACAGGAGCGUGGGGUCAGCCAGCCGUCCAGCUGCCUGCCUGAGCAGGGUUGCUCUGCUCCCAUCCCCCAGUGGAAACAGCGACGGGACAAGGAACGUUCUCGGACCUGCCCCAAAAAAGUGAUCACCCUCUCUCCUCCCCCUACUCCGCCUCCCUGUCGGGCACGUGGCGGCCAACAGACACACGGGGAUCUUGAUGCCGACAGCCGUGGCAAGCAGAGCCCCCAGCACGAGAGGCCAGAACCUGAGCCUUCUCGUCGAUUUUUUGUCGAUCAGUGGGAGCUUUCCCUAAGCCUCCGCUCCGCCAGCCGCCCUGCUUCUCCUUCCUCCGACUCCCUCCGACAGAAGUAUAUAAAGAUGUACACGGGCGGAGUGAGCUCAUUGGCUGAGCAGAUAGCCAAUCAGCUUCAAAGGAAAGAACAACCCAAAACCCUUCUAGACAAGAAGGAACUGGGCUCCAUAAAGAAGGAGUUCCCGCAGAACUUGGGAGGCAGCGACACCUGCUAUUUCUGCCAGAAGCGGGUCUAUGUGAUGGAGCGGCUGAGCGCCGAGGGCAAGUUCUUCCACCGGAGCUGCUUCAAGUGCGAGCACUGUGCCACCACCCUGCGCCUCUCAGCCUACGCCUACGCCCUCGAGGACGGUAAAUUCUACUGCAAGCCACACUACUGUUACCGGCUGUCCGGCCCUGCGCAGAGGAAGAGACCGGCAGGGGCGCCUCUGUCUGGAAAGGAGGCCCGGGGACCCCUGCAGGACAGCCCGGCCGCAGACGCCAGCGGACGGCCCAGCACCAGUGCCAGCCCUGCUGAGAGAAGCCCAGGCCCAAGCGUGAAUGGCCUAGAGGAGCCUAGCGUCGCCAAGAGACUGCGGGGCACCCCGGAAAGGAUCGAGCUGGAAAACUACCGGCUGUCGGUGCGGCAGGCGGAGGGGCUGGAGGAGGUGCCUGAGGAGACGCAGGCCGAGCACAACCUGAGCAGCGUGCUGGACACGGGGACAGAGGAGGACGCAGCCAGCAGCAGUUCGGAGUCAGAGAUGGAGGAGGAGGAGCCCCCGCUGCCCACCUCGGACCUGGGCGGCGUUCCCUGGAAGGAGGCCGUGAGGAUCCAUGCGCUCCUGAGAGGGAAGAGUGAAGAGGAGCUGGAAGCCUCCAGGAGCUUCGGGGCCGGGGAGGAGGACGAGGAAGACGAGGAGGAGGAGGAGGAGGAGGACGAAGAGGACGAGGAGGACGAGGAGUCUAGUGAAGUCGGGAGCCCGAGGAGGCUGCAGCAGCUGCUGAACCUGGCCGAUCCCCUGGAGAUCCAGGCCGACGUGCACUGGACGCAUAUUCGUGAGAACCAGGAGGAGCAAGCGGCACUGGCGCCCGAGUCCCCCCUUCCUGGAGUCCCAUUCGAUGAGGAUGACCUGGAAGGAGAUGUGGACUCAGAACCAGCAGAGAUCGAAGGGGAGGCAGCAGAGAAUGGGGACGCAGGGGACACUGGCGCCGAGCUGGAUGACGAUCAGCACUGGUCGGACGACAUCCCGUCCGAGGCCGACACGGAGCUGCACCGGCCGGCAGUGGGAGCAGAGCUGGAGCUGAGGGUGUCGGACGGCGAGGAGGAGCUACCACCGGCCUCAGCAGGGCACCCAGAGAGAGGUCCCUCCCGAGUCUCCAGCCCCACCCGGUCCCCUGAGGAGCCCACAGGCCUGUCCUCCCCAGCCCGCAGCCCCGGGGCACAGAGCGCCCGUCCCCCUCUUGCCACUGUGGCCACCGGGGUAGGGUCACCCGCCGAGAGUCCUCUGCUGGAGCCCUCGACCCCGCCAGCGGAGCCCGAAGCUCGCCCUCCCAUCCGAUCACAGCCUGAAGCCAGGACGCCGCCCUCGCCUGCCAGCCCCCAGCGCCAGUCCCCGCCCGCCCCACUGCCCAUCUGCUCCCAGCCUCAACCGUCCCCUGAGGCCACCGUGCCAUCCCCCACCCUGUCCCCCAUCCGCUCCCAGCCCGUGCCGGCCAGAACCUCCACCCCUCUGGCCCCCCUCCCCGUGAAGAACCAAGGAGUCACCAAGGACACACUGGGCAGCCCCCUCCCUGGGGACGAGGCCCUGAAACGCAGCGACCUGGUGGCUGAGUUCUGGAUGAAGAGUGCCGAGAUCCGCCGCAGCCUGGGGCUCACGCCCGUGCGCCGGAGCCCGGGGUCUGAGCCUGCCUUCCAGUCCCCUCCCCUGAAGGCCUAUCCAGCAGAGAAGGCUCCCCAGAGCGAGGGGCUCCGGCUCCUAAAACCCCCAUCUGUCCCCAGGAAACUGGGGCUGCCCACCGCCGAGGGUGCCCAACCCUGCCCGCCCACCCCUGUGUCCCCACCCGACAGGGAGCCGAAGGGCCCCCGGGAGGAGCACAGAGACCUGUCCAGCAGCUCAGGGCUGGGCCUGCAGGGUAGCUCCUCCCGCACCAGGACACCGGGCAGCCAGAGCUUCAACACCUCUGACUCCACCAUGCUCACGCCCCCUUCCAGCCCGCCACCCCCGCCUCCUGAUGAGGAGCCCGCUACCCUUCACAGGAAGCCAGACCUGGCAGGGCAGCCUGUGGCCUCGACACCCACACCCCCGGCUGCCUGCGUGAGGCCCCCGCGGGAGCCCGCCCAGCCCCCCCAAGAGGAGGCACGGAAGUCUUUCGUGGAGAGCGUGGAUGAGAUCCCCUUCGCAGAUGACGUGGAGGACACGUAUGACGACAACACGUGUGAUGACCGCACGGAGGACUCGAGUCUGCAGGAGACCUUCUUCACACCCCCCUCCCACUGGCCCCACCCCAAGCCACCCUUGGCUGCAGAGAACGGCCGGGGGCUGGAGAGUGGGGUCCCAUUGCAGAAGCGGGGGCUGCCGCUGGUCUCGGCCGAGGCCAAGGAGCUGGCGGCCGAGCGCAUGCGGGCUCGGGAGAAGUCGGUGCGGAGCCAAGCACUGAGGGACGCCAUGGCCCGGCAGCUGAGCAGGAUGAAGGAGAUGGACAUAGCGGCUGUAGCCCCUGGGACCCCCAGGACCCCCGCACCCUGCAGAGCCGCUGCUGUGCCCCCCAAGGGCCCCGAGGAGCCUGCCCCGAGGCAAGAAGCCACAAGUGAGGAGGUGCUGUCCCCUCCCUCGGACUCAGGGGGCCCGGAUGGCUCGGUCACCUCGUCAGAGGGCUCCAGCGGGAAAAGCAAGAAGAGGUCAUCCCUCUUCUCUCCUCGGAGAAGCAAGAAAGAGAAGAAGCCCAAGGGCGAGGGCCGGCCCCUGGAGAGGCCUAGCCCUGGCACUCUGGAGGAAGUGGCCGCCAAGCCCAGGUCUCUGUGGAAGUCCGUCUUCUCCGGGUACCGGAAGGACAAGAAGAAGAAGAGCGACGGCCGGUCUUGCCCCAGCACCCCUUCCAGCGGGACCACAGUGGAUGCCGGCAAGCCCAGGGCAUCUCCCGUCUCAAGAGCAGAGCUGCGGACCCGGCGCCAGCUGAGCUGCUCGGAGGACUCGGACCUCUCCAGCGAUGACGUCCUCGAGCGGACCUCCCAGAAGUCCAGAAAAGAGCCGAGAACUUACACUGAGGAGGAGCUGAAUGCCAAGCUGACCCGACGUGUGCAGAAGGCAGCUCGGAGGCAGGCCAAGCAGGAAGAGCUGAAACGGCUGCACCGCGCCCAGAUCAUCCAGCGGCAGCUGGAGCAGGUGGAGGAGAAGCAGCGGCAGCUGGAGGAGAGGGGGGUCGCCGUGGAGAAGGCGCUGCGUGGGGAAGCAGACUAUUGGGGAGAGUCUUAUUACACUGACCUCAUCGACUUGCAUCUGGGUGGCAUGGGCAAGAAGGAUGACCCCAAGCUGAUGCAGGAGUGGUUCAAGCUGGUGCAGGAGAAGAACGCCAUGGUGCGCUACGAGUCGGAGCUGAUGAUCUUUGCUCGGGAGCUGGAGCUGGAGGACCGGCAGAGCCGGCUGCAGCAGGAGCUCCGCGAGCGGAUGGCAGUGGAAGACCACCUGAAGACGGAGGAGGAGUUGGCAGAGGAGAAGAGGAUCCUGAACGAGAUGCUGGAGGUGGUGGAGCAGAGAGAUGCCCUGGUGGCCCUGCUGGAGGAACAGCGGUUGCGGGAGAAGGAGGAGGACAAGGACCUGGAGGCCGCCAUGCUGUCCAAGGGCUUCAGCCUGCACUGGUCCUGAGCACCCGCCCAAGCCUGGCUGGUCUGUGCACUGCCUGAGCCGGGCUGCUUCUCCCAGAUCCCCCUCCCGGACCCCAGGUCUGAGUGGGCCUGGCGCCUCCGGGGAGUUUGCACUCAGGUCCACGUGGCUCUGAGAAGGGUUCAGGCACCUGAGCUAUGGGGAGCCCUGGGUGAAGCUGGUUGUCCAACGGCUCAGCCUCCUUGGAGGAAGCCCCCUGCCCGCCCACUCCAGAGCGCGAGAGUGUAGGGGCGUGCCCAGGAAAGGUGUCUGGGAGGACGCAGUGACCACGCUUCCCUGGCACCAUGCAGAAGUGGAUGAGAAGCCCAGCCCACACCCCAGGCCUCUCCUGGCUGUGCCCUGCGGCUGCUGCAUUUGCUUUUAAUUCACAACACUGGAAAAUACUGACUGGGGUCAGGCAGGGCCCCGAGUUCUGGCCCCGCCAGCAGGCUGGCCUUGUCAUGGACGCCUCAUGGCGGGUGGGAGGCUGUCCUCCAUGCCUGGUUCCUGUGCUUGCACCAAACAAGGCUGACAGCCUGGGAGAUGCAGCCUCUGCGGACCCUCUUUGUCAAUUAACUUAUUUUUUUAUACUUGAAGAGAAGCAGCUUCACUUUUGUAUCUUUACUGGGACCCUGAUGCCCUGGCACCCGGGUCGGGGUGUGGACCUGGGUCCCAUCUGACUGUGCUGCCCUCCAUUCAUCACCCCCUUCUUCCUGGGGCUGACCGGAGCCCUCCUGUCAGAGAGACCCUGUGUGGGCCCCAAUGCGCUGCUCCCAUCCCUUGUGCCUGGCCCCAGGUGUCCACGUCUGCACCGCUUACUCAUCAAGAAUGUACUUGAGCUGCUGGAGGCCAGGCCGCGGGCCAGGUACCGCUCAGAAUCCUCCCUGUUGAAAUCCCGGGUCCAUGGGACCUGUGUUUUUCUCCGUUUUGGAGCCAAGGUCUCAUCUCCCACGUUGACUGAAGACGGUUUAGGCCGUGGCACCAGCGUGAGGGACCCUGCUUGGUGAGGCCCGGACCCAGCAACCGGAGCUGCGGUGACAGCACGCAGACAGAACUCUGGUCGGGAAGUCACACACACACACACACACACAAACACACACACGGCAGCUUCUGCCCAGCCCCCUGCUCACGCCUCUUCAUGGGGAGGCACUCUCGGGCCGUGGUUCAGCCAGAGGCUGACCGUGUCCAGCUCCCAGAAUCUGCAGUGGCCGUACCCGUCUGCAGAGGAGCUCGGUCCGUGCCAGGCCGGUCCCGAGACCCUCCAGCCCGCCUGGUGGAGCAGGACCACACGCUGGAAAGGGAGGCUGUAGGGGCAGGAUGAGGGGCAUCCAUACCAGCCUCGGAACGUCCUUGGGGAACCACAUCGUGCCUCAACUUGAACACAUUCAUUCUCACUGCAAAGGAGCAGAGAACUGUCUUCUUGAGUCUGUCCCAAAGCUGUCGUCUGUCACCCCCUGGAAUCCAGGGGGCUCGUGGCUCUGACCCUCACUUCCUGCUUAUUGAGGCAGAGCCUCUAUUUCUGUUCUCCUUUCUUAACAGGGGAGCAGAGGGUGUUCUAGAUUCCAUCUUUAAACCCCAGCCUUCCGAUAAAACUGGGCUUGGGACAGGAUUCAUCGCCUGUGUGGCCUUUGCCAACCCUUCCCACCCACCACCUGGUGCACCGUGACUGCCAGGCCCGACUGCGAGCCCGUCCACCCAGGACGAGGACGCGUUUAUGAAGUAGCCAGAAGGGACGCGGCACUGCCCCGCGGAAGCGCACCGUGCCUGCUGACAAGAGGAAGGCCUGGAGCUGCAGAGAAGCUCAGAAAUGCUCCCCAGCUCCCUUCCGCGGUGCUGCGACUUCAGGUUCCAGUAGAGCACUUUUUCUGAACGCUCCAUUUCAUAACCACUAGUGUGCAGGUUGUCGUAGUGCCUGCUGACAGGCUGCUGCAGUUUCCAGCUCUGGGGAUGCACAGCUCCUGUCACGUCCCCACGCGGGCAGGGCCGCAGGAAGUCUCCCUCUGCAGCGCUGGGUGUGAGUGAGCCCACGCCACAGCCGAGGGCUCAGCCUGCUCAGAUGGCGUCUUCCAGUCUUCGCCCCAGGAGCCAUCCUCCAGCUGCCCUGACCAGCAAUGAGAGGCUAUUCCCGAUCUUUUCAAAGAGCAGGAUUUUUUUCAGUAGGGCAGAAAGUGGAGUUUACAGAAAACAACUUUAGAGGUGGAAACAACUGACCUACAAAGGGGAAUGGGCCAUUUUAUGCGCAAUAAAAGUUUCUAAAAGAAA